AGCACAUUUUGACUAUUAUAUAACUGAACAGCUAGCAGGGGAUACAAGUACGGAUACUUUAAAUAACCAAUAAUUGAUUGUGAAGUUUCUGAAAGUAUUACAUUGUGCAUUAGAUGAAGAUGGACUCUGUAAUGAACUGUAACUGCAAAUAAAACAUUAUCGUUUUAAACUGUUUAAUUUAAUAAUUGAAAGUGGAAUGUUUUCGGACGCAUCGGGUGAAAGCAUGAUUUGUCCGGUUCACAAAAAUGGGUCAAAAUUAGUGCCUAAUAAUAGGGCAAUAUAUUUAUCCAGCAGUUUGAGUUAUAUACUGAUGCAGAUCUUCUCUAAAACACAUCAACUGGCCCGACAACGACACUAUUAUAGAUGUAACGCAAGCAGGAGUCAGAAAGGCCUACUCAACCAUUGAUAAUCUAUAAUCUGGCAUUCAGAAGUAUACUUAUCGACAACGCGGAAGGUUCUAUGAAUUUGAUGUUGAUGACUUAAAGCCGUUUGAUAGUUGCCAGCAUCAGAAUAUAUGGAAAUGUCUAACAAGGAACAAUAUACGAGAUGCAAUCCUUGGCCAAAAUUUCAACUCGACGGAAUUUUGAGGAACGAUGCAACGCUGUGUGCGCCCUCAAGAUCACCCUUGACCUCAGCCCAACUGGCUUCAACAUAGUUAGAGCGCUGUUCAUGUAUGAGGGACCUCUACCAAGUUCGAGCAUCAUGGAACCUUCGGAUAGCACAGGCGAAUCUACAAGCGGACAUCAGCCGAAACGCGACGCUGUGAGGUUCUCGUCUACCUUGAGCUUGUACAUGACAUUGCUGGGAUAUUCCCUGGGAUUUUCCGACAUUUGGAGAUUCCCUUUCCUAGCCUACAGGAACGGUGGAGGGGCUUUUUUAAUACCUUUCCUUAUCAUGGCCUUUGUUUGCGGAGUUCCGUUAUAUUUCAUGGAAUUCUCGAUAUCAAAGUUCUCUGGAAGAGGACCAUAUCAGGUCUGGGACUUUUGUCCCUUAUUCAGAGGAGUGGGAAUGGCAGUUUCGAUGGCGUACUUUAUAUACAUAGUCGGUUCAAGUAUCUUUCGUUGCUGGUUUUUUGAGUUUGCCUAUUAUACAUUCAAUAAUCCGAUCCCAUUUACAAAUUGCAAUAACCAUUGGAACACAAAAACUUGCAUGAAUGAAACAUUCGAACUACACUUCAAUGAAUCUUCUGUGGUGAACAUGAAUAUGACUACUUUGUCAACAAUGUAUGUGAAGAAUGACGUCCAUACAUCCACGAUCGAGAUACCAAGAAUGUCCGCUGCAGAGGAGUUUUGGCAAUUCCAAGCAUUGAAACUAUCAUCAGGUAUCGACGAUUAUUCGCAUUUUAUAUGGAAGUACGUCCUCGUGAUGUUUGUCUUUCGAAUAUUUGUGUCGUUAACUGUCGUCAAAAGUAUAAAAACCAUUGAAAAGGUCAUCUAUGUGACGCUUAUUUUUCCGAUUCUGUUUUCUGUGGCGUUAUUUAUUCGGUCACUUUUGUUACCUGGAUCAUCAGAUGGAAUAUAUUAUUUUUUCUAUCCUAAUUUUGCUCUUCUAUUGGAACCGAGGCUGUCCUUGUUAAAGGUUUGGAUUGAGGCUACAUUGAUGGCGUUCUAUACGCUUUCUUUUGGAUGGGGGUCGCUCAUGACUAUGGGAUCACAUGCAUCCUUUGGAGAUAAUAGUUACAGGACAGCGUUUGUUUGUACUUUCCUGGACGUGGGAAUGGCUGCUUUUAAUGGAUUGGUUUGCUUCUCCGUUCUGGGCAACAUGGCACACACCUUCGAGGUCCCGGUCACCGAGGUGAUCAAUGCAGGGUUUUCCACUGGUUUGGUAUCGUAUAUCACAGCCCUCAGCACUUUGCCCAUGCCUCAACUCUGGACAUUUCUAUUCCUAUUGUCAGGAGUCUUGUAUGGAACGGAAGGGCAGAUGAUUCCGAUUGAAAUGAUGGUUCAGCUGAUUGGCGACUUGUUCCCGAGACUAAAGGCUGGGUUCCGUAUUCCAACCUUGAUUGUUAUAACUGCAGCCAUGUUUGUCCUCUCAUUUCCGACUUGCACAGGCGCCGGAGCAUACAUUUUUUUGCUGGUAGACUGGUACGCCGGAUCAUGGACGGGACCCAUCGUUGCUUUAAUCGAGGUCAUAGCAGUUGCUUGGGUAUAUGGAUUGGACCGUUUUAGUGAAGAUGUACAAUUAAUGCUUGGCCGGCCUCUUCAUGCAGUGUAUAGGUUGCUCCUUGCUUUCGUGUCGCCUUCGAUCGUGCUGGUUAUAUUUUUCAUGAGUUGUGUGAAGUACGUUCCCCCAAACUACGGGUCGUAUAAAUACCCUGGUUACGCACAAGCUAUUGGGUGGGGAAUGGUGGUGAUCAUCGUGGCCCCGAUAUUCGGCUACGCUGUUCUCAAUAUCUACCGGGCCAAAGGCACCCUUACCCAGAGAAUCAGUUCCCUGUGUAGACCCACCGACACGUGGGGACCAUGCGGGGAUGGAAUGGAUUGCAACUACAGGAAUAACAGAAUCAAAUACUCGGAGAGAACUUUCUGGGAUCUGUUUUACUUCAAUGUGUUUGGUCGAUAUCCAAAUAAUUCUGCCAUGAAAUUAUUGUUAGAACAUGAACUGACUGUUCUUAGAUCCUAAAAGAAUGAGUUUGCGUAAAAUCAAAUUUAUUUACAAUUUAUAAGACUCUUCUGAUCAAGUUGAAAAUUGGCUCAGUUAAACCACCUACAUGUAUACUCUUAACUUACAAUUAUUUUGUCAUCAUGGGUUAUUAUAAUAAGUAUAAUUAUAUGUCAACCGCGAAAUGGGAAGUGAUUGAACAAUAAUGAUUUAAUAGUACCACUCACAUAACUAAAGCGAUAUAUGACAAUAUUUAAUUUGAUGCAGUUAGGUCUAAGAGAAUAUUAAAAUAUGCGGGCUUUUAUCAAACUUGUCCAAUUACAGUAUGCAUGCCUACAAGUAUAAAUAUUGCUUUGAAGUUUUUAAGGAUUGUAUAAGAAACUAUUAAAAUGGCAUAGAC